AUGAUAGCGUUCAAAAAUUCACGAAAACGUGUGAAUAUUACAAUGAUAGGAAAUCCUACGCCGAUUCAUCGAAAAGCACUCGAAUUUAAACUGAUUAAGAAAUUUCUCGAACAAUUAAUUUCAUUUUUGGAUAUAAAUAUUCGCGUCGAAUUAUCGAAGAAAAAAAUCAAUGUCGCAUUAAAUGGUGAUCAAUUUGGUGAUGAAAAUAUAAUCGUUGACGAUUUUCCAUUUAAAUCUACAUUAAUUUAUGUCAAUUCAGAAGAAGCAUCUGUAGAUCUGUUUCAGUUAUAUGGUGCUCAAACUCAAAUGGAUCGUUAUGGUGCACUUGCAAUGGAUAAGUUAUUUACGGUAGAAGAAAUAAAAACCAUUACUGAAGAUGAAUUUAUAAAGGAUGCAUGA